AUGUCACUAGAUCGCCACAUCCUUUCUUUCUUAAGAGCGCUAGUUUCUUCACGAGAGCGAAAAGUUGCGACAGCUGGCGUAGUCAUAGGCAUCCUUUACCUUUUAAAUUGGAGUCAGCGCAAAACAUCAGCAAAAAUCUCCCUUGGCCACCGAAGCAAAAAAUCAAAUAAAGGCACUGUGGAUCUUGAGUUUUUCAAGCGUAUAAUUGAGCUAAUAAAAAUUGUAGUCCCAAGCUGGAGAUCUCUGGAGAUGUUUAAUCUUGUGCUACUUAGUGCUUUAUUAAUUGCAAGAACUCUUCUCAGCAUCUCUAUAUCAAGCGUCAACGGAAGAAUCGUAAAAGCAAUUGUCACUCGAGAUUUCAAUUUGUUUAUGAAAAGAGUAAUUUUUACAUAGAUAAUUCAAUUAGCAAUGUUUGCAAUCCCUGCUUCAAUGGUAAACAGUGGGCUUGACUAUUUGAAUCAUAAGCUCGCUAUUCAGUUUCGUGCGAAAAUGGCUUAUUAUUUGAAUCAAAAAUACCUUACAGGACUGAUUUAUUACCAAAUGAGCAAUCUUGAUAACAGAAUAGCUAACCCUGAUCAAAGAUUUACUCAGGAUAUCGACAAAUGGGCAUCUUGUCUUAGUAAUUUGUAUUCAAAUAUUACUAAACCUUGCUUAGAUAUAUUUUUAUUCAGUAGAAAACUAUCAGACUUAGUAGGUGCUGAAGGACCUAUUUUUAUUAUUGGCUGGUAUUUUCUUUCAGGAAUUAUCAUAAAAUUCAUAACGCCUCCAUUUGGGCUUCUUACAGCUCAAGAGCAACAGAAUGAAGGCUUAUAUCGAGCUUGCCAAAGUGAUCUUGUCAACCAUUCUGAAGAAAUUGCUUUUUAUCGAGGCAAUGACUGGGAAAAACGAAGAAUUAACAACACCCUAGAUAAAAUUGUAAAACACAUCAAUGAUAUACUGACAAAAAGAUUUUUCAUGGGAACUUUUGAUAGCAUGCUUGUGAAAUAUGGAGCCACUAUGACUUCUUAUGGAGUCCUUGGACUGCCUGUAUUUGGACCUAAUAGAGAAAAAUACUUCGCGAGGAUAGGAAAUGACCCAAGUUCUAUUACCAGAGAUUAUAUAAGAAAUUCAAGUCUAUUGAUAAAUUUAGCAAAAGCAAUAGGAAGGCUGGUGGUAUCUUAUAAAGAUUUGCAGUCUUUAGCUGGAUAUACCACACUUAUUCAUGAAGCAAAGGUGGUAUUGGAAGAUUUGGCGAAUGGAAAGUAUCAAAGGACGAUGAUGGAAGGAGCUGUUUAUGACCAAAAGUCAAGGGGAACUUAUAUAAUAGCUGAUUACAUUAAAUUUGAAAAUGUGCCUGUGGUAUCACCUAAUGGAGACCUUUUAAUAGAAAGACUUUCUUUUACAAUAAAGCCAGGCAUGCACACCUUUAUUCAAGGACCAAAUGGAUGUGGCAAAUCUUCAUUAUUCAGAAUUCUUGGCGAGCUUUGGCCAUUAUUUUCAGGGACUGUAUAUAAACCGCCUAUGGAGCAGCUUUUUUAUAUCCCACAAAGGCCAUAUUUACCACACGGAAGUCUCAGAGAGCAAAUUAUUUACCCACACUCUAGAGAGCAAAUGGAAAAACUAGGUUAUAAUGAUGAAUAUUUAGAAAAUCUUAUGAGAAUUGUGAGGCUAGAAGACAUAAUAGAAAAGAGAGGAGGGUUCGAGCAAGUUGAGGACUGGAAUGAUACUUUAAGUGGUGGCCAAAAACAAAAGGUCGCUAUGUGUAGACUGUUAUACCAUAAGCCAAAAUUUGCAAUACUUGAUGAAUGCACAAGUGCAGUCAGUAUGGAUGUGGAAGGAAGCAUUUAUCAGCAUUAUAAAGAUAACGGCAUUACACUGAUUACUGUCUCACAUAGAGAAAGCCUGCUGAAGUACCAUAACCAUAUUUUGAAAUUUGAUGGUGAAGGCGGAUGGAAUUUCUAUACAAUUUUGCCAGAUUCUUAG